AUGACUAAGAUGCCGGAAUGCUACUUCUUCUCAAAAUUCGGAGAGUGUAUGAACAAAGAAUGCCCAUUUCUUCAUAUUGACCCUGCCACUAAGAUGCAAGAUUGUCCUUGGUAUGAUAGAGGAUUUUGCAGAAAUGGCCCAUUAUGUCGUAAUCGUCAUGUCAGAAGAGUAGCCUGUAAAAAUUAUAUCAACGGAUUUUGUCUUAAAGGACGUGAAUGUAAAUAUGCUCAUCCCAUAUGGUGGCCCCUUCCUGGUGGCGAUCAAGAAGCAAUGAAGAGUCGCUGGAUAUGUCAUUAUUGCAAUGAACGUGGACACAAGAUUCAGUUUUGUCUUAAACUGUCACCCGAAGAACGUUUGCGACUACAGGAACAGCAGAAGUUGCAGAAUCUUAGCGCUUUAGGUGCCGGGACAGUCCAAUCAGGCGCUACUGCGGGAUCCCGUUUUACAUCUGAACGUCUCAAGUUCGGCGGUGCAAUGGGCACACAGGCACCUGGUAGCGGUCCUCGACAAGGUCCUCACAAACCACUCUAUGAAGUAACAUGUUUCAAGUGUGGAGAGAAGGGUCAUUAUGCAAAUCGAUGCAGUAAAGGUUACUUGGCUUUCUUAAGUAAAGUUUCUCUUCAACCACAUGAAACAGAGAGUGCACAAGUCCAAUAA